AUGAAUCUGACUACGGUUUUGUCUGGCGUAACCGGUGUGGCGGCUGCCACCACCGCCCUGAGCAUCAUCAUUGUGGGAUAUCUGGUCAAUGAUAUCAAUCACUUCUAUGCUGAUUCUCUAAGACAGCUGGAGCAGUUCAAGGACAUUGCGAAUUCGGCUUGGUAUGAAAUGCAACCAAGUCCCACGGAACGUCGUCGCCAACUGCGAUCAAUUCUUCGCCCACCUCGACAAUAUUCCGACAUAUGCGAUUGCGCACCACAGGUCGUCAAUUGUCCCGUUGGCCCUCCCGGUCCUCCUGGAGAACAGGGUGCAAUGGGGGAGAUGGGAAUGCAAGGGGCUCCAGGAAGGAGAGGUUACGACGGCAUACAAAUUUCCGGACGAGGAGGAGCAGGAGGUUGCGUAAAGUGCCCUAUGGGUCCUCCUGGACCGCCAGGUCCAGACGGAAUUCCAGGACCGAAAGGGCCUGAUGGAAUACCUGGCAAGGGUGUCACGAGCUCAGCAAUAGGAUUGCCUGGACCACCAGGCUUACCAGGAGAUGCUGGAAUGCCUGGUCCGCCAGGAGAACCUGGUCCGCCAGGAGCUCCUGGAAUGAGUGGAGUAUCCAGAACAAACCUACCUGGGCCACCUGGACCUCCAGGACUUGUGGGACCACCCGGCCCUCCGGGACUAAUCGGUGAAAUGGGACCAGUGGGUCUGCCGGGACCACCAGGGUCUCCUGGACCUGCUGGUAAUCUUGGUAGACCGGGAAUGGAUGGCCCUCCGGGACCACCGGGGCCUAUGGGCGAGCCCGGCUACGAUGCCGCGUACUGUCCCUGUCCAGCAAGGAGCUCCUACUUCCUGCAAAAUUUGAAAAGAAACGCAGGAGUGGUCAACAUGGCGGCCAGUCGAGGUCAUCACCCCAACAAAAAGUAUCACUUCAAGAAAACGAGUUUCUAA